CAUUGCCACGAGAAUCAAUAAUUAUAAAUUGUUGUUAUAAAAGUAAGAGGAAUGAACAUAGAUCUACGCAAAUUGUGCCGCAUUUGCUUUGUGGAUAAUGCGGAUGUAGACAUAACCCAGCAUAAAGUUGUAGCAGCGGGUCAAACAAACGAAGCGGAAUCCGAAGAUGAGGAGCACACAAUAUGUGAAAUAAUGGAGGCUAUGUUUCACAUCUCGCUGGAUCUAUGCACUGAGCUACCCAUGAUCUGCAAAGCAUGCCUCGAGGAAAGCUUGGCUCAUUUUGCAUACUUUAGCAAACUGAUGAUUGCUAACCGACAGCUGCGACAGCUCUACAACGAGGCACAAAUGGAAAAGGAGCAAUUGGAGUUGGAGACAGAGGAGGAGGAGUAUAUGCAGCUGAUGGAAGAGGAACAUAAUCCGCAUGAGCAUGGACUUGAACAGGAUCUGGAAAUAGAACCACAGAAGCUGCAGGAACAGGAGCCAGUGCAAGAGUUAGAGCAGCAUCUUCUAUUGGAGCGACGUCCGUCUCAGCGCUUGGCCAACGAGGAUUCGUUGAUUGUAUCCGAAUUUUUGCCCGCUACUGAGCUAGAUGUUCAACAACACGAUAGCGUAUCGGAGCAGUUUAUCCCCUUCUCCAGCUACGAGCUGCGCACGCUUGACUAUGCAGCCGUAGAGCUUAAGCACGAUAAUCUAGACGAGUACAAUGAGACGAACCGUCUGUUGGAUACCGAACCAAGUGGCAGUCAGGCCAUAUACAAGUGCAAAUAUUGCCCAUUAGCAUAUGCCUCGCAGCAGUUCCUUAAGACCCACGUGAGACGGUCGCAUGUGUGCAAAUAUUGCACAACAGCGUUUGUCAAGGUGAAAGACCUGAAUGCCCACAUUCGCGCCAAGCAUGCGAAUAGCCACCAAUGUGUUGUUUGCUUGAAUAGCUUCAGCACCAGUAGCAAUUUGCGUGCACAUCUAAAACGGAUGCACGGUGUCCAGCUGCCCGCCCAGGUUGCCCUGCUCGACUAUCGACCAGCGCAACAACAGAAGCUAACUGAACUCAGCAUCGAUGAAGAUAAAUAAAUCUCGACUUUGGUUUAAA